AGGUGAGAGCUAAAGAGAAAGAGUGAGAGUGAGAAUUGCAGGUGGCGUAAGAAAAAAAUGAGAUCGAGAUAGAUCAGAAAAAGGGCGGAAAGGGAGGGAGAGAGGGAUGAAGAGAGAGUGAGAGAGAGAGUGAGAGAGAGAGACGAGGGUGGAUCACCGGGCUCCUCGAGCAUGCGAGGAUCAGCAGCAACAGAAUGAGACGGAGAGAGAUAGAGAGCGGUAAAGAGUCGGCGGAGAGCGCAACUAAGGACUAAAGGACUAUCAGAGAUGAGAGAGAGACACCGAGAACAAGGGAGAGGAGAAGCAUGCAGACCAAAGAGAAGGAUAAGAAAAGGAGCUCAGGAGACAGAAAAGUGACCGCCAGAACAAGCAAUGGAAAGACUUGAAACGGUAAACAGAGCUCAAAGAAAUGCUGAUAUAUCUCAGCCCUCAGCACACUCUGAGACGACUGAGCCAACCAGCUGUGAUAUAGUGAGUUACCAACAGUAUCUGGCUCUCUCACUUCUGGUGUACAUGAAAACAAGACAAGAAAACAGAACAAACCCGCAAUGCCCAGAGUAUCCAUCCAACUCAUCAUCUGCAGGCCAUUGGUUAGAGACUGCGAAAAGCCUUGACAGUGAUGUCCAAUCAGAAGCAGCUAAAGUAGUAAAAAAGGUCAUUAAUGGAGGGACAUUGAGAGUUCAGAGUCUUAUUGGAUAUUGAAUUCCUGUCUCCAGCAUCCACAUAAAAACCCUCACACUGCCUCACAAACACACAAAUUAAUUUGGGUAAACAAAAGCUGGAAACAUUCCUGCUUUCUAUUGGAUAUAAUCCUGUUAACGCUGGCCAAUGUCACUACUAGCCUCCAACCCGUUCAGCUCCUCAGGGGGCUGAGCCACCCUGCAGAGGAGUAUGGGCAGGAGGGUGGCUGACCCAACCAAUCCAGUGCCUGCGCUGGGGGUUCCCCUGGCAGGGGGGCGAUGGGGCCCGCUGUGCAGUGUUGGGGUGCAAACAUCUCCCGGACUGAGGACUCUCCCCUCUAUCAAACAACACGCCAGCCAACCAACCAAUGCGAAUCGGCCAAUUACCAUGGCAACAGACAAAACAACGACCGUGGACACCGGGGGAGUCAUCAAAAGUGACAGCAAUAGUCUGCCAGUAUCUAAGGAGACAUCUCAGAACGAGAUUAACAGCCUGACACAGGACAUGGGCUCACAGGGGUCAGGCAGUGGAGUUUACUGCCAGAUCAAAACUAUACGGACAAACUCCAAGGACACAAGAGGCAACAGGACAGCUCGGUAUAUAAAUGGAAGUGUGGUAGCCUCUGAAGUGGUGGGAGGGGUUUGUACUGAGGCCACAGACAGUAAGGAGCCGACUCAAGAGAGGAGGAGGGUGCAGUCUCUGCGAGGGGAGGGCCACCGCUCUGUGUUAAAGACGGGCAGUGUCUGUACAACCGUGCACGCCACCCCACCACGGCCCUGUCGAGUGAUGGCAACUUCCCCGCCCCGCCUUUGUGGGACAUGUGGGAGGAGACGAUCACAGAUUACACCAUGCACAGGUGCAUGUCGCAGGAGGGCUGCCAAUCAAAUAACAGCCAGCCAGACUUUACCUAAUCCACCACGGAUGCCGUCUGCGGCUCCCAACCAGUCAAGUAAAGACCCUAACCCUUACACCAAAAACACAGACACAGCAAACACCUCCACACCCACAUCAGUAAAGAAUGCUCAAGUACCACAGCUCUCACACACCAUACCAAAAACACACAGCUCACAUUCCAACCACACAUCUCAGAACAAAGCAAAAGAUUCAAAACAGCAGACAAGGCCACGUUCUGCAGAUUUUACUCAUUACAGGGACUCAGCCACACAAACAACAGACACACAGAUGCACAACAACACAGACAGGACCACAGCUACCACAGAUGCACAAGGAGCACACACACCAUCUGCAGAAGCAACAGAACCACUUUCAAUUGACAAACACAAGUAUGACUUGGCUAAAAUUCAGCAUGCUGAUGAACAAACACUCCAACACACCUCGGUCCGUAUCACUUCUAAACCUCCAGCUUCCUCCCUUCACAGCGACUCAAAAUCUACCAACACCCCACCUCUCCCACCAAAACACUCUCCUAAACCCACUCAUUCCAAACCGACCACACCUGUAGCGCAAACCAAAAGCACCCAGGAGACCACAAACACACCCAAACAAACAUCCUCAGAACGGAUCAAAUUCAAAGACUACGCAAAACAGAAGAGCAAAUCAUUUGACGACCACACUCUGCCUUGUAAGACUCAUAUGAAAGCACAAUGUAAUGGGGCUCCAGGAGGAUUGCUGGGGGGACACGCGGGGAACGCACCACACAGGCUGGAGAGGCAGUUGCAGAGUGUGGAGGAGAACCUACAGUCCAAUCAGGAGAAGAUCAAGGUGCUUCUCAACGUCAUUCAAGACCUGGAGAAGAGCAAGGCCCUCAGCGAAGGUCGCAGCUCAUACAGAACUGGUCAGGACAUUAACAACUGCCCCACCUGCCAAAAGACAGCCUGCAUCAUCUACAGUGUGGAGCAUGAUUUCCGACAGCAGGAGGGACGCUUACAGGGGGUUAUGGAGGCCCUGGAUGGGGAGUAUGAUGUGCCUGCAACCACUCAAACCAAGCCCACGCCAGCCCCUUCCUCCACCAGCCGCACCAGUACUAAGUCCCGUGUCAAGAAACUCCGAAAGAAGUGUUUCUGGUGGCUGUAAGCUUUGGAUAAACCACAACAACGUUUCUGGCCAUAUGACAUAUGGGCUUUGAUUAUGUUUCAGGAGGCUCCAAAGUUUUGGAAUAAAGCAUCUCUCCCAUGGUCCUGUGGAUGUGUAGUCUGUUUAAGUGUUAUUAAAGUCAGUUGGGGCAUUUUCCAAGCUGAAUUCUUGUAAAUGGCACUUUUCCACAGCAAUCCAUCCUCAGCUCACAAAAUACACCAGGGGACCAGGAAUAAUGAAGCAAAAGACAACCAAAGGAGCUGCUGGAAAUUUCCUCUCAGAUCUCUCUGUCUAAGGGAGAUUGAGAAUGUGCUCCUCGUGUCCUUCUCUCUGUGGGAACCAGACUUCAGCGGCUAAUUUGCGAUUAACUUUUUGACUCAAAGUGAGGAUAGUGUUUUUCCAUUUAAGCAGGGAGAUGAAGCAUCGACACUUUGGAUGACAAACGAGCGUACUGUUUGUCACUUGGCUGAGUGGCUGUCUAGACCGAUGGACAGAUGUAUGAACGGAUGGAUGGAUUCAAGCCUACAGCUGGGAAUGAAUACUUGCAACAGUUUUGGCUAAAUUACAGCAAUAAGCAGGGGAAUUGGAGUGAUUCUGAAAAUUCAAGGAAUUUAACACUGGAAUACUGUGUCUUUGGACGGCGUCACAGCCAAAAUUUGAAUGUAGCAACAACUGAAGAGCUAAAGGAUACGAGUGGAAAACAAGCUGAUGAGCACUCUGGAAACUAAGAGACAGCUCGCUGAAUGGAUAUCAGGUUUUGGGGCACGGUGGAGAUUGUAUUAAGAAUACAUUAACAGACAAAGUGAUAGGCAGCUGAUCACAGACUGACAGAUGAUUAAAAAUUCUGUCAACGUUGUCUGAGUGAUUGAUUCUCUCCUUUAUUACCAUCCAAAAUGGAAGUGUUUUGAUGUAAGCUCAAUCUUGUUUAAAGGACCCCCCCCCUACACACACACACACACACACACACUCGUGAGCCAAUGCAAACUAGGGGUAGACCAGUUAUCACUUCACAGUUAGCUUCUGGCCUGUUUUCAUGUUUCAAAGAUGUAUCAGUAUUUGCAAAGUCUGAGCUAAUAACGCAACUAUAAACUCCUUAUGAAUUACUGUGAAACUAGCUGUGGAUGUCUGGAGUUUUUCUUAAUUUCAAAUUAGUACAGUACAGUAAGUUACCUAGUAAAUUUAACAGAAAAUCUGUCCAAUCUCUUUCGAAACAUUAUUCCCCAAAACCAAACAUCACCUUGUUCAUGUUAACUUACCAUAGAUAAUCAUUUCCAUUAGGGCUGCAUGAUUAAUCUAAUCGCAAUCACGAUAUUGUUAUGUGCGAUUACAUAACCGCAAAAAGUGUGCGAUUUAAGCAAAAAAAGUGUGCUGUGUGGGAGAGACUCUCCUCUCAGUUUGCACUGCUUCUGCUCAUUGUCUCCGCCCACACCAGACUCUUGCAUGUGCCCCUAAAACAGGUAAAUACGAACCACAAAAAGUAAUUUAUGGGCAGUGAGCGAGUAACGUUAAUGUUAAAGACAACAACCUACCGGAACCCCCCUCCCGGCCCUGCCGCUAAUCGUUCAAAUCAUAUCCGGACUCGCCACUGGAGCAGCGAGAGAAAAGUCGGUGGGCCUGUGUCACUCUGUGAAAGAGACAGUUACGUUACAGUAACGUUACGUGUCGUCGGCAGCUAAAGCGGUAAGAAAGAAGAAAACAGGGAUAAGAUAAAGAAGGUUUGGCUUUGGAUCACUAGCCAGUUAACGUGAGCUAAUUGCUGCCUUUUGUUUAUCAACUUUUUAUAAAGCCGAUGUCAGUCACUUCUCAUCAGCAGAGCAAUCACAGCCUGGAUGGGGCGGGACAUUAGAAUAAAGUUUGACGUGCUGCAGAAAAUCAUUAAAUGUUGACCAAUAUGAUUAUUGACAAGUUAAUACUUAACAUUAAUAAAUUAAAAACCAAAUCGCAAUAUUGUCCACAAUAAUUGCAAUAUGACUUUUUCUCCAAAUCGUGCAGCCCUAAUUUCCAUUGAUAUAAAGUGGUUCUGUAUCUUUCAGACCACGUUGCUGCUGCUAGCUGAAUCAUUGAGCUACAAUAGAGCAACAAAAAUCAAUGCUAAAAACAUACUCUGCAGGACUAUACACCGUAUGUACAAAAAAAUUAUAUACUUUAUCAGGUCAAGGUACGUUAAGCCAUUUAGAAAUUUUAGACAACAGCAAAAAAUUAUUUGUAAAAUAACUAUAUACCGGCAGACAUCUCUCAUUAUCAGAAAUUAAAACUUAAAAAUCUGUACCAAUUCUGUAUGGGUUGAUCCCUGAUGCAAACACACACCCACACUAUUAUUUUGCCCACACAUAAACACACACCAUCUGCACACUGCUUAGGUCAAAGCAGUUUAGAGCUUAACCGGUCCAAUUUCAGCUGCUUCUAGGUGACAAGUUGCCACCAAUUAGAACCCUGAAUGACACCACACUUACUAAUUAACCAUAACAGUGUGUGAACUCCCACAAUGCCCUUUCUCUUCCUGAUCUUCCUCUUGUAUGUACAAUAAAAGUGUGUAUUUUAAACAAAA